AUGUUCCUAGUGAACAUCCUCCUGGCAACUUCGCUUCAUCAGGCGUUUCUAGGGCUGGCAGACCCAGUGGUGGAAGUGGAGAAGCGAAGCUCGGGUUUCCAAAAUAUCGUAUACUUUACCAAUUGGGGCAUCUACGAGCGGGACUAUCAGCCAGCGCAGCUGCCGGUUUCCCAGGUGAACCAGGUUCUUUAUGCGUUCGCAAAUCUUCUACCCGACGGGACCGUCUUCUCUUCAGACACCUAUGCCGACCUCCAAAAGCACUACGGUAACGACUCGUGGAAUGACGUCGACAACGACGCUUACGGCUGCGUUAAGCAACUCUACCUUCUGAAGAAGAAGAACAGACACCUUAAGGUACUGUUAAGCAUUGGGGGCUGGACAUUCUCGGUCAAUUUUGCCAAGGCCGCUAGCACCCUGACAACUAGGUCUACCUUCGCAAAGUCUGCCGUGACGUUGAUGAAGGAUUGGGGCUUUGACGGCCUCGACAUCGACUGGGAAUACCCAGCCGACGAGGUCCAAGCCGACAACAUGGUUACUCUGUUGCAGACCGUGCGAAGCGAGCUUGACGCGUAUGCCGCUCGGCACGCCGGCGGCUACCACUUCCUCCUCACGGCCGCCGUUCCCGCCGGUCCUCAGAACUACAACAAGAUGAAGCUAGGCCAGAUGGCAGGUCUGCUCGAUCACUUUAAUCUAAUGGCUUAUGAUUACGCAGGCGCCUGGGACGCGACCUGCGGCCACCAGGCAAACCUGUACCCGAACCCCGACAACCCGACGUCCACGCCUUACUCGACCGAUGCUGCCAUCGAAAGCUACAUCAGCGCCGGCGUCCCGGCUGGAAAGAUCGUGCUCGGGAUGCCUCUAUACGGCCGUUCCUUUGAGGCUGCCAGUCACGGUCUCGGAGGAUCGUAUUCGGGCGUCGGCCGGGGAUCCUGGGAGCAGGGCGUCUGGGACUACAAGGCGCUCCCGCGCGAGGGGUCGGCUGAGAUACACGACGCAGACGCCGGCGCCACUUAUAGUUACGACGGCGUCUCCGAGGAGCUGAUCAGCUAUGAUACUGCCGAGAUGGUCAAGAACAAAGUUUCGUACCUGCAGAACAGGGGUCUCGGCGGCGCGAUGUUCUGGGAGGCGUCAGGCGACCGGCCCGGCAACGGAAGUUUGGUCGCCGCCUCGUUCAGUGGCCAGGGAAGGGCGGGAAUCUUCGACGAGACGCAAAACCUCCUCAGCUACCCCACGAGUCGGUACAACAACAUCAAGAACAACUUGACGUAA